CUUGACGUUAAUUGCAUGUGUUUGUGUGCAUAUAUAUUUAUAAUAUCUGCUAAUCAGCCAAUUUUCCAAAAAAAAAAAAAUUAAUUGAAAUGUCAAAGCAGACUUCUAAGAAAAGUAAAUGGGCGCUCGAUUUUAAUACCAACAAGUCCAAUGACUUGCCUGCCCCACCAGGUUAUAACCCAAGCAGUGCCAUGGUUAACCAAACGGAAGUGGUUAGAGAUCAGCAUUUAGUUAUGAAAAAAUCAUGGGAAUUGGCAUUGGGGCCAUUGAAACAGAUUCCCAUGAACUUGUUCAUCAUGUACAUGUCCGGCAAUACUAUAUCGAUUUUCCCCAUAAUGAUGAUUGGCAUGAUGCUGAUAAGACCAAUAAAAGCUAUGUUUUCAAUACAAGUAACUUCAAAGAUGGCUGAAGGUGCCCAAGGUACGGGACAAAAGUUGGUUUACUUUUUGGGAAAUCUUGCGAAUGUUGCUGUAGCUCUGUAUAAAUGUAAUAGUAUGGGAUUGCUACCAACUCAUGCCUCAGAUUGGCUUGCAUUUGUGGAACCGCAAACUCGGUUGGAACAUUAUGGUGGGGGUGUUUCGUUUAUUUAGAAAAAAUCUAUGAUAUACUAACUGGAGGUGGAAAUAAAAACAUAUUAAUUAAAAAUCAGUAAAACUUA